AUGGUUUGGUUUGGAUUCAAAGUGAGGACACUUCACAAGUACGAGACUAAGUCAAGUUCAGUACAGUGUGAAGGUGGUACAGAACAGUUGAAUUCUGUUCGAGCCUGGGAUGAGGUGGAGAGGCCAGUAGAGUUUGUUUUGACGCGAUUUAUUUGCAAAAGUGAGGGUUUGUGCACUGUGCAUGUCCAUUUUCAAUCAAUUCUAUGUCACUUUCAUUCGUUUUCAAUAUUUUCUAGACAGUAUACAUCAUUUUUAAAGUUGCAUGCUUUGAGUGACCAGGGUUUGAAACCUGAAGACAUCCACUAUGUUAUUUGCUUAAAUGGACACAUAGAACAGAUUGGCAACCUCAACCUCUUCUCUGGAGCUGUCCAAUGUGUAGGCUAUGAUAUUUGUCGACAUGAUCAGUACUUACUGCAUGAGUUGAAAGAGGGGAUGCCCUUCAACAUAGAUGAGGAUGUAGAAAUAGGGCCAACACCUGGUCAUACAGGAAAUGAUGUGUUGGUGGUGGUGAAGAAGGCUAAUCUUGGAGUAUUAGCAGGGGUUGGUUGGUUGUUUUUUUUGUUGUUGUUGUUAGGUGGUGUAAGAAAAGUACAACCUUUUGCUUGACACAGAAAAUCAUGUUGAAGGAUUGUACUAUCCAGCUUUAAAAAGUAUGGUUAAAGUUCCCUUUCCAACCUUGCAAUCAAACGCAAGAUGAUGUAAAGGUCAUAUGUUUCUGUGGCCCCCUGGUUCGGAAGCCAAGGGCUUUACUGUUCAGCCAUUGGGCCUCAUGUUUAUUUUCAAACUGAUGUUUAAUGUUUUUUCAAUUUU